UAAUCGAGGGACCAAACUAACAAAUUCACGCAACCCCGAAAACCCAUUCCAUCGCCUCUCCUCUGCGCCGCCACUUCCCCUCUCUCCCCUUCGGAAGUCCUUUCGCGCGAGAUCUUCCUAGGGUUAGGGUUUUCGAGACCGCCGGCGAUGGCGUCCGAGCAAGCGGCGGAGAACUACACGGUGGAGGACCUUGUGGCCCUUAAUCCCUACAACCCCGACAUCCUCAACGACCUCGAGAAGUUCGUCAACGAGCAGGUCUCAUCGCAAACAUAUAACUUGGAUGCAAAUCUCAGCCUUCUUCGCCUGUACCAGUUUGAGCCAGAAAGGAUGAGCAUACAGAUUGUAGCCCGCAUAUUGAUUAAGGCUCUCAUGGCAAUGCCAGCCCCUGACUUCAGUCUGUGCUUAUUCUUAAUCCCUGAGCAUGUGCAAAUGGAGGAGCAAUUCAAGACAUUGAUAGUUCUUUCUCACUACCUGGAGACUGCUAGAUUCAGUCAGUUUUGGGAUGAAGCAGCAAAGAACCGCCACAUAUUGGAAGUUGUUCCAGGUUUUGAGCAGGCAAUUCAAGCCUAUGCGAUUCAUGUGCUUUCCUUGACGUACCAGAAAGUUCCGAGGCCUGUUCUUGCAGAGGCAAUCAACAUCGAAGGUCUAUCGUUGGACAAGUUUCUGGAGUACCAUGCUGCAAACUCAGGGUGGGUGAUUGAGAAGGGUGGGCAGUCUCAAGUGAUUGUCCUUCCGCGCAACGAGUUCAAUCACCCAGAGCUCAAGAAGAACACAGCUGACACAGUUCCGUUUGAGCAUGUAACUCGCAUAUUCCCUGUCCUUAGCUGAUUCAGGCAUACUGAGAGCUUUAUAAAGAACUCAGAGCGAGUGAAGCUUCUCUAAGCACUUGUAUUUCCAAUUUUAUGGUGUAGCGUCGAGGUUUCAAGAUUAUCUUGAUAUACCUGUUUUGACUAAAUGAGUACUCGCAACUGAUAGUGCCUACUUUAAUGAAUGCUCAGUUGUGCAUUUGUACGGAGAGCCAAAAUUUGCA